AUGGCGACGGCGGGCGUGAAGCGGUCCUAUAUGGCCACCGCCAUGAACGAUGACGAGGAUCGCCACAACCAAAACCACCACAACCACCACCUCGAGAAUCCCGCAAAGCUGGUUCGCCUCGACGCUCGCAAUGUCCAUUCGGCAUCUCCAAGCCGGCCCCAGAGCCCCAGGACCAGCAGCAGCAGUAGAUACUCCAUCGCUGCGUGCUCGAGACCAGGAACGCCAGUGACGAGACCAGCGACUCCAAUAUCGCACCUACCUGGCGAAGUCCCGCCCUUCCCUGCCGAUGCUUCCAUUGUCCUCGCCGGCAUCCGCGGAGCUGGAAAGUCUACGCUUGCCAUCAUUGCCUCGACAGCCAUGGAGCGGAGGGCCGUCGACUGCGAAAAGGCCUUCCAACAAGUCACAGGCCUGUCGAGCUUCGCCUACAAGAGGGCACAUGGCUCUGUCGAAUGCCACCGCCGCCAGGCCGAUGUGCUUCGAGACCUGCUCGAACAGAGCUCUAGGAACACUCUGAUCGUCUGCAGCUGGAUGGAACGCGGCGUUCAGACUCUCUUGAGAGACUUCUGUCGCACCCAUCCCGUCAUUCACAUCGUACGGGACGUCAAGGCCAUCCAGGAACACCUCAAGAUCGAAGAUGAAGAGAAGGCGAGGAAUCUGCUGGCCGCGAGCAGCACCAUCUUCCGCACCUGCAGCAACCUCGAGUUCUUCAACGUCUCCGAGACUGCAGAUCCUUGGGUAGAAACGGACGCCGCGAGGAUCGAGGCCCAGGCUGGAGGCCAGAAGCCGCCCGCCCCGUAUCUGACCCUGAAGCGCGCCGAGAGGCACUUCCUGAAGUUCCUCAGCCUCAUCAUGCCCAAGGGCUCCAUCCCUUUUAUCGAGUCGGCCUUCCCGCUGGCCUCCAUACCCACCGAAGACCGACGCUUCACCUACGCCAUCUCCGUUUCCCUCUCUAGCUUGCUCGACAACGAGCUUGCCGUCGAGGAGCUGGAGACCGGCGCCGACGCCAUCGAGAUCGUCGUCGACGGCAUUGCCGGCGCAACAUCCCUCGAGUCCGAGAGAGCGGCAGACAUUGCGAGAAUGAUCGGGUCAAUACGAAGGAGCACCGUCAUCCCUCUGAUGUACCACGUUGUCCUCCCGGAGUCUUCAGAGUCCGUCUACAUGGACUACAUCCUGCACGGUCUGCGACUCUCGCCCGAGUACCUGACCGUUGACCUUCGUCUCAAUGACUAUCAGCUGUUGCACAUAAUCUCAAUGAAGAGGCGCUCCAAGAUCAUCGGCCACUUGACACCCGCUGCCGACUCCCCUUCCUGGGGAGACCCCUUCUGGAUGUCGCAUUAUCACCGCGCUCGGCGCUUGGGCUGCGAUAUUGUCCGUCUCAUCAAGCCUGUGACCUCGAUCAAGGACAACUUCGACAUCAACCACCUCAAGGCCCUCGUCGACGCUUCGCCCGGGCACAGGAUCCCCCUCAUCGCAUACAACUCGGGCCCGCGCGGGCGGCACUCGGCCGCCAUGAAUCACGUUCUGACCAGCGUCGUGCCGGAGCCCAUGGCAUCGACGUACAACCCCAACCAACCGUGCCUGACGGCCGUUCAAGCCACGCAGGCGCUCUACAACUCAUUCCUCUUCGACCCAAUGAAGAUCUACGUCGUCGGUGCCCACGUGUCGUACAGUCUGUCGCCGGCCAUGCACAACGCCGCUCUCAAGGCCUGUGGCAUCCCGCAUCUCUACCGGCCAUUCUCGACCCCGUCACUCAACGGCCUUCAAGAGCUCAUAGAGGAUCCCUAUUUCGCCGGCGCCAGUGUCGGCCUGCCCUUCAAGGUAGAGAUCAUCACCCUCACCCAUUCUCUCAGUCGCCAUGCCCAAGCCAUUGGCGCCGUCAACACACUUGUUCCCGUUCGCCGGUUGAAUCCCGACGGGACCAUCCCGGAAGACGAGAAGCUUUUCAACUGCAGAAAUCGUGCUGGGCCAGUGAGGGCGCUCUACGGGGAGAAUACGGACUGGAUCGGUAUCCGGGCCUGUAUCAGAAGAGGACUCUCCCCCGCGAACGCCGUCCGAACGACGAGCUGCGGCCUCAUCAUCGGCGCUGGCGGCAUGGCUCGCGCUGCGACGUACAGCAUGCUGCAGCUUGGCGUCAAGAACAUUGUCGUAUUCAACCGGACGGUAGCAAACGCCGAGAAAAUGGUCAGCCACUUUACGCGCCUCCUGAAGCGGCGCGACCUGCCACUCUUGAGCGCGACCUCGGACGUGGAGACGCGAUUUCACAUCAUCAGAUCACUGGAUGAGCCAUGGCCCGAGGAUUUCAGGCCACCGACCAUGAUCGUAUCCUGUAUCCCAACGCACAGCAUCGGCGACGUCCCGGCGCCCAACUUUAUGGCGCCCCAGGCAUGGCUCAGCAGUCCAACCGGGGGCUGUCUCGUCGAGUUGGGCUACAAGACGCUCGACACACCAAUCCUGAACCAAGCACGGCAGGUGUCGCAUUUAGGCUGGGUAACCAUGGACGGCUUGGAUCUGCUGCCUGAACAGGGCUUCGCUCAGUUCGAGCUUUUCACCGGGAGACGAGCACCGCGCAGGCUGAUGCGUGGGGAGGUUUUCCGCGCAUAUCCCGACGGACAGGACCGUUCCGCACUGGCAAAACUUCAGCCGCGAUUGAAUAACAUUGUCGAGCAGGAGCCAUGA